UGGAUGGCUCUCAAUCGCUAUGAAAACCAACGAAGAAGAAGAGACCGACAACAUGUGACGUCAAACGUGCUGAAGAAGAAAACAGGACAACAGACUUCCACGUUGUGGGAAAAACAUUAUAUUUCUAUAUUCACGGGAAUUCGUUUUCAACACGGAAACGUCUUGGACACCAUCAUGAGCAGUUUUAGUCAAUCUGUCCAUCACAGGACGCCAUCUUUCACCAGGGGGACACGACAUGGAGUAGUGAAGCAGGAGCUGGAAAGGGAUUCAGGCUUCUCAGAUGCCAGUUCUGGGUAUCUGAGUGCAGUUGAUGGGACGGAUUCUGAAGAUACAGCGAGAAAAAGGUCCAUGAUCGGCCAUGACGUGGCUGGAGUGCAGCUGGCUGUGAUGGGAGGCUCGUACGCCGGACUGUCUCCGAUGCUGAUUAUGAACAACUUUGUUCUCAAUCAGCCUUCGCCAGUGACUCCAGCUGAGAAAGAGUGGGGUUUUCCUUCAUCCCUCAAUGUCAUGUCUCAAUCUCCGAUGGUUCUGCUUCAACCCAUGAUGUCAAACAGCAGUACUUCACCAAAAACAGCCUCUGAAAAUGUCAACCAAUCAAAAAGCUUCACAUCCACCCUCAAGUCAUAUCCCAGAAUCGCCCCAAAUCCUGUGACUGCGCCUUCAAAGCGGUCCUCAAGAAUGAAGAGUGCAUUUUCAGCAUAUGACCAGCGACACAGUAGACGCAAGAAAGGCAACAAGCAGCGUGGCACACCCACCACUCAGUGGGCUGCUCAGGCUCCCAGGAAAGCGAGUGUGGCCAAGUUUGAAAACGUAAACAACCUCUCGGCUUUGUCGGCAGAGAGCUCAGAGCAGCUCAGCGAGAAGUCUCUUUCCUCUGUGCUUGCCUGCGCAAGUCCUUGUAGGACUGAGAUAGACCCCAACUUGUCGUCUUCUGACAAUGACCAAGACGGCCUGUUGGCAGAAAGCAACAAGUUGACGCGAUUUAGCAAUACCUACAAUAUCCUUAGCAAUUGCGGCCUACUGGGAAUUACCAUGCGCACCAAGCAGUUAAUCAAGGAGAACAAGCACACGCAGGGUCAGCUGCAACUGCUGCAGGAGCAAACUGCUCUCUUGCUGGAAGCGCUAGGAAGUGGAGAUCCUCAUCUGUGGACUAAACUCCAGCUUUCUCUGCAGGACUGUGACAAGUAACAAUUCACGCAGCAUCCAUUCGAUUAGAGACAUGGUUAUGUUUUCUCUUUCCGCCAUUGCUAACUUACUGUCGGGAUACAGCAUCUACAUAUGUUAAUGGGUCUCCAACCAGUAGCUCACCAAAGUGUCAAAGAAUAUUCUGUAUUUGUAAAACUGUUUCAUUCAGACAUUAUUCCCCUCUUUGAUGACAAAUGACCACACAAUAGCACAAAGACAAUGACGACGGUUUGAUUGGAAAUGUGCAACCUAAUUAAAGUAAAAUGUAAAUGUUUCCAGUCAUAUAAAUCACAAAAUCUUUGGUCAAAGUAGCUUUAGUAAUGAUAAAUAAAAACUGAGUUAGAAAGAAAUUAAUACUGAAAAGACGCAUAAAAAUGUUUUAUUGCAAAAUGUCAGUUGCAGAUCUAAACAUUGUGUUAAUUAUCUAGCAAAACAAACAUAUUCUCUUUGUAUGGCUUGAAAUACAUAUUACAAAAACAUGUUAUGUUGCUGAUGUUGAUUUUGUAGAAGUAGCUUUCAGGAUCAAAUAAAUUGGAGACCCCUAGUCUGUGGUGAACGGUACAAGCAUGGCACAACACGCACAAUAUCAGAUGUCACCCAAGUUUAGUCUACCAAGAAUUGUGUGGGAUCUCGUACUUAAAAGUAACGCUUGAAAAAAGGGACAUUGUUUAUAUAUUUUUAUUGAAUGAAUUUUCUGAAAAUCUUAUCUCAACGCUAAUCACCUUAAAUUAAUGGAAGGCUUACAUUGUAAACUAUAGCAUUUAAAUGGCAAAAUAUUGUAGCAGCCGUACACUGAACACUUGAAAGACAUUAAAUGCAGUCACAAAAGAGAUAACAAGAAUUAAUUCAAGCAAUACAAAAAAGAACUAUGCUUAUUUAUCAGUUUCCAUUUCAUAGUUCGGCUUGGACUGAACAUGUGGCCAAAUGUGAUUUUGAUUUUUUUUAAAUUUUUUAAGAGUUUAGCCAUUUUUAACUUCGCUUUCUUUUUGUAUCUCGCACUACCACCAGAAGAGUCUGCUCACGCUUCGGAGACAUAAUGAAGUGCAAAAACUCAGCUCAGCAAAGUUGUGAAACAGGAUAGUGUCUUCUUCCACUACGCACUCGAUAACUAGUUCUUAAUUGAAUUUAUUGUUUACGGCCCAAAAUUCAGUUUUUAUUUAGGAUAAAAAUUCUGUUUUAACUUAAUUUAUCUGAGAGUGUUAGUAACAACGAAACGUACUGCAAAAUGACCACAUUUAUACAAAUACUUAGUAGUUUCCUCUUUAACUUUACCUAAGUGAUACCUUUGUCAUAAUGCAACAAAAACUAGGAUAGACUCAUGUACAUCUUUGAUGCUAAUGAACGGAAUAAAUAAUUGACCAGGAGGUUCUAAUUGAAGCACAGUUGCUUCAUUUCCUUAUUUUUGUUUUCAGUUUAGUAGUCUUGUUGGACAUUUGAAUUUUUCUUUCACUUUAUUCAGAUUAAACCCAUGAAGUUCAGAGGGAUUUUUGUAUGAUCUACUACUAAUAACGUGUUGUUAGUCUGUAGACAACUGUGAGUUAAGGUGUGAUGAUAAUUUGAAUACGAGAUAUUGUUUGCGUUACGUACGCACAUUCCAUGCCACCGCCCUCCAACUCAGCUAAUGUUACCAACUCCAUCUUUAGUAAUGUGAGAAAUAGUUACAUGUGUUAUUUCAAGUUCUGUUUAAUUUGAAUUAUCCACCCCAAUCCCAUAAUGGCAGUUGGCACAACUUGUAUUAUUUAUUUGUUUGCUAUUAUUUACACUUUUCUAACUAUUUUUCUGAAGAAAGUGUUUUGUUUUCAAAUUCCAAAAAAAUUAAUUCAGUUUUGUGGCCUUGUAUUUAUUUUGGAUGUGUUACUUUUUUCUAUUUUGCUAAUUACUGAGAUGACGAUGGCACUAUAAUAGCUGAGAAGUAUUAGUUACAUAUCAGCCUCUUGCACUUUUGUGACCCAAUAUUGCUCUGCUCCUUAGUUUUUUUAAUGUGAACAUGAAUGUUAAAUGUGCCUUUUGAUUAUAUGUGUUAAUGCUUGAGCGGCCUUGAUCGCUGUACUUUAUAAAUUUUUGCGAAAAGCUCUCCAAAAAAUUAACAUGUCAUGACAGGAAGCCACACAUGGAAAAAUGUAAUGGCAAUGUUAAAUUCUUUAUUUGGGCAAUACUACUUUCUUGCAAUACUUAGAGUUGUUGUUCUAGUAAGACGGAGAAAUAAACUAAUCUGUCUGAGUUUUGUUGUAAAAGGUCCUCUUGACUAACGGUCAUUAAACUAUUUGAAAAGUCA